AUGAGGAUGCCCCAGCGGAGACUUGGUGGAGCUGACGAUGGGCCUUACUCCAAAGGAGGCAAGGAUGCGGGAGGGACGGACGUGGCCCUGGCAUGCCGCAGACAGAGCAUUCCAGAGGAGUUCCGCGGGGUCACCAUGGUGGAGCUGAUCAAGAAGGAAGGCAGCACGCUGGGCCUGACCAUCUCAGGUGGCACCGACAAGGAUGGGAAGCCCAGGGUCUCCAACCUGAGACCGGGGGGGCUCGCCGCCAGGAGUGACCUGCUGAACGUGGGCGACUAUAUUCGGUCAGUGAAUGGGAUCCAUCUGACCAGGCUCCGCCAUGAUGAGAUCAUCACCCUGCUCAAGAAUGUGGGCGAGCGCGUGGUGCUGGAGGUGGAGUAUGAGCUGCCCCCGCCCGCCCCUGAGAACAACCCAGGGAUCAUCACAAAGACAGUGGACGUCUCCCUGUACAAGGAGGGCAAUAGCUUUGGCUUUGUCCUCAGAGGGGGUGCCCAUGAAGAUGUACACAAGACCCGCCCGCUUGUCCUGACCUACGUCCGGCCUGGUGGCCCCGCUGACAGGGAGGGCUCCUUGAAGGUGGGGGACAGGCUGCUCAGCGUUGACGGGAUCCCGCUGCACGGGGCCAGCCAUGCCACUGCCCUGGCCACGCUACGGCAAUGCAGCCACGAGGCGCUCUUCCAGGUGGAGUACGACGUGGCCAUCCCAGAUACGGUAGCCAAUGCUUCGGGGCCCUUGAUAGUGGAGAUAACCAAGAUGCCUGGGUCAGCCCUGGGGAUCUCACUCACCACUGGCUCCCAGCGGAACAAGCCAGUCAUCACCAUUGACCGCAUCAAGCCGGCCAGCGUGGUGGACAGGAGUGGGGCCCUGCAUGCUGGAGACCACAUCCUGUCCAUCGACGGUACCAGCACGGAACACUGCUCGCUGCUUGAGGCCACCAAGCUCCUGGCCAGUGUGGUGGAGAGAGUGCGGCUGGAGAUCCUGCCUGCACCCCAAAGUCGGCGGCCCCUGAAGCCCUCAGAGGCAGUGAAGGUGCAGAGGAGUGAUCAACCACACCGCUGGGACCCCUGCGUGCUCUCCUGUCACAGCCCCCGGCCCGGCCACUGCAGGACGCCCACCUGGGCCACACCUGCUGGCCAGGAUCAGAGCCGAUCCUUGUCCUCGACUCCCUUUUCCUCGCCGACCAUGAAUCAUGCCUUUCCCUGCACCAAUCCCAGCACCCUUCCCCGUGGAUCCCACCCCAUGAGCCCCCGGACUACAAUGGGGCGGAGGAGGCAGCGAAGAAGGGAACACAAGAGCACAUUGUCACUGGCCUCCAGCACGGUGGGGCCUGGGGGACAGAUCGUGCACACGGAGACCACGGAGGUCGUGCUCUGCGGAGACCCCCUCAGCGGCUUUGGCCUCCAGCUCCAGGGAGGCAUCUUCGCCACCGAGACCCUGUCCUCCCCGCCCCUCGUGCGCUUCAUCGAGCCCGACAGCCCGGCAGAGAGGUGUGGGCUGCUGCAGGUCGGGGAUCGGGUCCUGUCCAUCAACGGGAUUGCCACCGAGGACGGGACGAUGGAGGAAGCCAACCAGCUGCUGCGGGACGCGGCGCUGGCCCACAAGGUUGUGUUGGAGGUCGAGUUUGAUGUGGCAGAGUCCGUCAUCCCGAGCAGUGGCACCUUCCACGUGAAGCUGCCCAAGAGGCGAGGUGUGGAGCUGGGCAUCACCAUUGGCUCGACCAGCAGGAAGCGAGGAGAGCCCCUGAUCAUCUCUGACAUCAAGAAGGGCAGUGUGGCACACAGGACCGGCACCCUCGAGCCAGGCGACAAGCUGCUGGCCAUCGACAACAUCCGCUUGGACAACUGCCCCAUGGAGGACGCUGUGCAGAUCCUGCGGCAGUGCGAGGACCUGGUGAAGCUGAAGAUCCGGAAGGAUGAGGACAACUCUGAUGAGCAGGAGACCACAGGGGCGAUCAGCUACACAGUGGAACUGAAACGUUACGGGGGUCCCCUGGGCAUCACCAUCUCGGGCACAGAGGAGCCUUUUGACCCCAUUGUUAUCUCAGGCCUCACCAAGCGUGGUCUCGCUGAGAGGACUGGCGCUAUCCACGUUGGGGAUCGUAUCCUGGCCAUCAACAGCGUUAGCCUCAAGGGCCGGCCUCUGAGUGAGGCCAUCCACCUCCUACAGGUGGCUGGCGAGACUGUCACACUGAAGAUCAAGAAGCAGCUAGACCGCCCCCUCCCAUGCCGCAAGUCGGGCAGCCUCAGCGAGGCCAGCGAUGCAGAUGAGGACCCACCAGAGGCACUCAAAGGAGGCCUGAUGGCAGCCCGGUUCUCAUCCGCUGUGCCCAGUGUGGAUAGUGCUGUGGAGUCCUGGGACAGCUCGGCCACAGAGGGUGGAUUCGGGGGCCCAGGCUCCUACACUCCGCAGACGGUGGCUCAGGGCGUGACCCCCCAGGAGUGGCGGCCCAGCCGGCUGAGAAGCAGCCCCCCACCCACCGAGCCCCGGAGGAUGAGCUAUACCCCGGCCCCCACGGAUGAGAGCUUCCCCGAGGAGGAGGAAGAGGAGGAUUGGGAGCCACCAACUAGCCCAGCCCCUGGCCCUGCCCGUGAGGAGGGCUUCUGGCGCAUGUUCGGGGAAGCGCUCGAAGACCUGGAGUCAUGUGGUCAGUCAGAGCUGCUGAGGGAACUGGAGGUAGGGCCACCCACCCCACAGACCUUCCUGGGGGCCCCCGUGCAUGGACACACCGACGUGCGUGCCCGUGGGAAGCAAGCAUGUUGACGGGAUCCUGUU